AUGUCUGUACGCAAGGCGCACAAUGCUGGUCGAAAUCACCUGAGAAACGUUGUGGAAUACUAUCAGCAGAUCGGUCAUGAAAAGGCACAGUCGGUUAUUGACUCGAUCACGUCUUCUUACGCUGCCGAAGGACAAGCAAACCCGAUGCUACAACAAGCUGCGCCAGGGUUUCCUCCACCUCUCUCUGGAUUCCCAGGAAUGCCUCCCCCACCAUUCGGAUUGCCUGGUGUACCGCCGCCAGGUCCAGGGGGAAUAGUACCUCCGCCUGGUGGUCGUGGCAUGCCAUUUCCACCCUUCCCGGCCGCUGGCGCUCCUCCUCCAAACCUCCCCAAUGGCUUGCCCUUUCUCCCACCACCUGGAGGAUUUCCUCCCAACUUCCAAUUUCCUCCAGGGGCGCCAGGCGCUUUCCCACCCCCAGGACAACCAGGUCAGCAAGGGCCACCAGGCGGUCCAAGUCCCACGCCUACUAGUGGCAUCAAUCAAGGCGGGCCCCCUCCUCCGCCUGGAUUCAAUGUGGCGCCGGGUGCAAAUGAGAACAGGCGAUAA